AUGAAGUUUACCAUUGAAUCAGAAGAUGAAGCUGCUGGUCAAGAUAAGAAGAAGAAGAGAGCCAGAACCACUACUACCCAGGUUCUUGGAAAUCUCUAUAUGAGGAGAGACUCUGAAGAGGAAGAAGAGGUUGCUGCACCAGCACCCAAGGCACAAAAGCUAAUGGGUGAUGCUAUUAAGUCAGGGGUUGCAACAUCAAAGCCCAAGGAAGCACCCAAAGCUGCCCCCAAGCCCAAGACUACACCAAAGAGGAAUACCAGGAGUAUUCCAGCUGCUGAGAAGAACAAGGCCCCAGUGCCUGAAGUUGCUGAUGAGGAAGAUGAUGAAGGACAAGUCCUGAGAAAGCUAAAGCUCAAGAUUCCAGACCACAAUGAUGCUCAUCCUGUGGCUGAGAACAUGAAGUUGAGAAUGGAUGCAGGACUCAGAUUGUGGAGGCUGUCAGAUCCAUAUGCUACCAGGAGAAGGACUGCUGUUGACUACAGGUUCCACACUAAGGAACAACAGGACUUCUAUGAGACAGUGUUGUUGGACAAGAAACCAAUAGUUUGUGAUAUGAGGUGGGUCGACUGUACCUACAUGAAGGAAAAUGAGGAACACUAUCCUGGAGUGCAAGACAGUUUUGUUGCUUGUGGAGUUGCAGACUUUGUUGGGCAGAAGCUCACAAAGUGGAAUGAUGAGCUCAUUAUGCAAUUCUACUCCACAACACACUUCUAUCCAGAUGGCAGGAUAGUUUGGAUGUCUGAAGCUCCGGUAUUAAAGCUAAUCGGCUUCCUCGUCUCAGAGCGCGGCAUUGAGGCAAAUCCGGAGAAGAUCAAGGCCAUUGAGCGCAUGCACAAGCCAGCCCGAUUGCGCGGUGUCCAGAAAUUCACCGGCUACUUGGCCUCGGUCAGCCGGUUUCUCAGCCAGCUGGGUGAGAGGGCCUUGCCCCUGCAUCAGUUGAUGAAGAAGACGACGUCGUUCGACUGGAACGACCAGUCGGACGAAGCCUUCCAGGAUCUCAAGAGCAUGCUCUCCAUCGCACCCGUCCUGGCUGCGCCGACCAAGAAGGAGCCGAUGUUGCUCUACAUAGCUGCCACCUUGCGGUCGGUCAGCACGGUGAUGGUGGUCGAGCGACUAGAGAAGGGCAAGAUCUAG